AUGGCCCUUGUCCCCUCAGCUCUGGGGCAGUGUCCCUGCGUGGUGCUGGGGGCCACCGUCCUCGGCCAGCUCACCCAGCCAGAGUGUGCCAACACAGAGACUGCGAAGGGAAUGAUGCAGCUGGGCACCAGUGCUGCCGGGCCCACGCUCUCUGUGGCGGGGAUGAGGCCUCGGAGCCUGCUGCGGUCCCUGCUGAAGCUGGAUGAGUACCUGAGUGCCCCCCUGGAGUAUGAGCUGGCUCACGACCCCCACCUCCGGGCCUCCCGGCGCCGCUUCCUUGAUGGGGACCAGCUCACGUUAGCUGACUGCAACCUGCUGCCCAAGCUCAACAUUGUUCAGGUCGUGUGCCAGCAUUACCGCCGCUUCGGGAUCCCCCCAGACCUGCGGGGAGUCUGGCGCUACCUCAACAGCGCCAGCGAAACCAAGGAAUUCAAAUACACCUGCCCCAACAGCGAGGAGAUCGUACAAGCCUAUCGCUCCGUGGUCCGGUCGCCGCAGUGA